AUGGAUCAGAUAAUCAAAGGUGAUGAUUUUCUAACAACUGGAUUGAAGGAAUUAAAAAGUCAAAAUCCAAGAAUGAAAAGAGAAUAUAAUGAACUAAAGUCCACUGAAGCAAAAUUUGCUUACUUAAGAGUGGUUAAGUCGGAACGAGUACAAGGAGAAUCAGCACCUAUAACAAUUAAUGAAGAUUUGCAAGAAAUUUUUGGCGAAGAUUAUGUUUCAAAUUUAAAUAAUGAUUUACAAAAAUCUACUCUAUCAAACGGUCAUAGCAAUAAUGAUAAUAAUUUUAAUGAAACUUCGGCUAGUAAUAAGCCAAUAAACUUGAAUAAAAACAAGGCUCCAGUAGUAAAUUUAUCAUUAAUAAUUAAGAAUUCAAAAGUUAUGAAACCAUUUCAUCCACCACUUAAAGUUAAUUCAAAUUUGAACCUUUUAACAAAUGCUAAUUCAUCAAAUAAAAUCUUAUCUAUUACUAAACCACAAGCUUCAACACAUGUCAAUGCUUUAAAAAAAAGCUAA